GACGCGGCUGCGCAUGAUCCUACCGGGCUUUACGUUAAUUUCGAACGUGUUUUACCGCUAAAAUGUCCAAUAAACAAAUGGUUUCGACGUAACAACAGUUUAAAAACAAAAUGAAGUGUCAGUUCUUACAUUUAGUUCCGUGAGUGUUGAUAAUUUAGUGUUCAAACGACAUAGAAGGAGUAAAACAAAUGUGUGUGAUCCAUGUGUGAAUGUUGUGUUACAAAAUGUGGUCGAGGAACUUUAUACCGGAUUAUGGGAUUCAAUUGCUGUCAAUCUUCAUAGUGGUGUCGACACUGGCCACCAGGAUCCAUGGUGUCGAAGGGUUUCGUUUCGUGUUCACCUUCGCCAUGCAAGAAUGGCGGUACCUGCCUGUCCACGCCCAGAGGAGAAUAUUUUUGCAACUGUACAUCCCGAUACGCAGGCGAGUUCUGCCAGCAUCUGAACCCUUGCCACAGUGAGUCCAGUCCUCGAUGUCAGAAUGGAGGGUCAUGUCGCGUCAGACCAGGAGUCAGUGGAGGGCCACCGUCCUUCGCUUGCGAUUGUCCUCUGGGCUUCAGUGCCUCACUGUGUGAGAUUAGGAUACCAGCUGCCUGUGAUUCAGCGCCAUGUUUGAAUGGAGCCACGUGUCGUCUGACGUCAUUGGACACGUAUGAAUGUGAUUGCCCGCCAGGGUAUACAGGUGAUGAGUGCUCCCACGAAGACCACUGCGCAUCUCAGCCCUGUCGCAAUGGAGGACGAUGUGUAGCAGACAACAGCACUGCUGCUGGUUACUCCUGCGCCUGUCCUCCUGGCUUCACCGGCUCCCGUUGUACUGAAGAUGUGGUGGAAUGUUCAAGUGGCUCAGGUCCUUGUCAUCAUGGACGCUGUUUCAAUACCCACGGGUCGUACACGUGUGUGUGCGAGCCUGGGUAUACUGGCAGAGAUUGUGAUGCAGAGUAUGUGCCAUGUGAGCCGUCACCGUGUCAUCAUGAUGGAAGAUGUACGCCGCUGGACCAGUUGAGAUACGAGUGUGAUUGUCCACCUGGUUAUCGCGGGCAGAACUGCGAGAUCGACAUCGACGACUGUCCUGGCCACUUGUGCCAGAAUGGCGCGACCUGCGUCGACGGGCUCAACUCCUACACUUGCGAGUGCCCGCCCACUUUCACCGGGACCCUCUGCGAGAUAGAUGUCGACGAGUGCGCUCUCAGGCCCCUAGUCUGUCAGAACGGAGCGACUUGCACGAACUCAGUCGGUGGCUUCUCCUGCAUCUGCGUCAACGGCUGGACAGGUCCAGAAUGUUCUGUCAACAUCGACGACUGCGCAGGCGCGGCUUGCUUCAACGGUGCCACCUGUAUUGACAGGGUUGGGGCUUUUUACUGCAAGUGUACGCCGGGAAAGACUGGUCUACUUUGUCAUCUGGACGAUGCGUGUACCUCCAACCCUUGCCACGCAGACGCCAUCUGCGACACCAGCCCAAUCAAUGGUUCCUACACCUGCUCAUGCGCAUCAGGCUACAAAGGGCUCGACUGUUCCGAAGAUAUUGAUGAAUGUGAACAAGGAUCUCCAUGUGAACACGACGGUAUUUGCGUUAACACCCCCGGGUCUUUCGCUUGCAACUGUUCGGUUGGGUUUACUGGACCGCGUUGCGAGACCAACGUCAAUGAGUGCGAGAGCCACCCCUGUAGGAAUGACGGUUCCUGUCUCGACGAUCCUGGGACCUUCCGAUGUGUCUGUAUGCCUGGGUUCACGGGAACACAAUGCGAGGUGGAGAUAGACGAGUGUGCCAACAAUCCCUGCUUGAACGGAGGCAUCUGUCAUGACAUGAUCAACGCAUUCAGGUGUACCUGUGUUAUAGGGUUCACGGGAGCUCGUUGUCAAGUCAACAUAGAUGACUGCGCUUCAAGUCCAUGUAGGAACGGCGGCACCUGUCAUGAUUCCGUGGCUGGAUAUACUUGUGAAUGUCCACCUGGGUACACUGGAAUGUCAUGUGAGACGAACAUCAACGACUGCUUAUCAGCCCCAUGCCACCGCGGCGAGUGCAUCGACGGAGACAACAGCUUCACCUGCAACUGUCAUCCAGGCUACACCGGCAGAGUCUGUCAGACUCAGAUCAAUGAGUGUGAAUCCAAUCCCUGCCAGUUUGGAGGACAUUGCGAGGACCUCAUAGGCGGGUACCAGUGCCGCUGCAAGCCUGGCACAUCAGGUCGCAACUGUGAGAUCAACGUCAACGAGUGCUACUCCAACCCCUGCAGGAAUGGCGCCACAUGCAUCGAUGGCAUUAACAGGUACACCUGCGAGUGCAUCCCAGGGUUCACGGGUCAGCACUGCGAGACCAACAUCAACGAAUGCCUGUCGAACCCCUGCGCCAACGGUGGAAAGUGCGUCGACAGGAUCAACGGAUUCCGGUGUGAAUGCCCUAGAGGAUAUUAUGACGCUAGAUGUUUGUCCGACGUGAACGAGUGUGCAUCAAACCCCUGCAUCAAUGGUGGUUCCUGUGAAGAUGGAGUGAACCAGUUCAUCUGUCAUUGCCUGCCCGGUUAUGGUGGUCAGCGGUGUGAACGAGACAUUGACGAGUGCAGUUCAAACCCGUGCCAGCAUGGAGGAACUUGCCAUGAUAGGCUGAAUGCUUAUAAGUGUGACUGUGUACUUGGGUUUACUGGUGUAAACUGCGAGACAAACAUCGACGACUGUGCGGGCAACCCGUGCCUGCACGGUGGCUCGUGCAUAGAUCUCGUCAACGGCUACCGCUGCGUCUGCGCACCUCCUCAUUCAGGCCGUAACUGCGAGAACACACUCGAUCCUUGUACCCCUAACCAAUGUCGCCACGGUGGUCGUUGUGUAGCCGAAGCCUCAUAUGCGGAGUUCACCUGUCAGUGCCCCGUCGGCUGGACUGGCGCCCUCUGUGAGCGAGACGUGGACGAGUGCGCUGUCACCGCGCCCUGUCAUAAUGAGGCCACGUGUAUUAACACUGAGGGGUCUUACGCUUGUCUAUGUGCGAGGGGCUAUGAGGGGAAGGACUGCGCUAUUAAUACUGAUGAUUGCGCUUCUUUCCCCUGUCAAAACGGAGCGACAUGUCUGGACUCGAUCGGCGACUACAACUGCGUGUGCGCAAGCGGGUUCGCGGGCAAACACUGUGAGGUUGACAUUGACGAGUGUCAGUCCAGGCCGUGUAUGAAUGGAGCUACUUGUAAUCAGUACGUGGCCUCAUACACCUGUACGUGCCCGCUCGGUUUCUCCGGCAUCAACUGUCAGACGAAUGAUGAAGAUUGUACUGAGUCUAGUUGUAUGAAUGGAGGCACCUGUAUCGAUGGCAUCAACUCUUAUAACUGCUCCUGUCCGCUUGGUUACACCGGAUCAAACUGUCAGUUCCGUAUAAACAUGUGUGACAGCUCUCCGUGCGACAAUGGCGCCACCUGUCAUGACCACGUCACGUACUACACCUGUCACUGCCCCUACGGGUACACGGGUAAACACUGCGAGAAUUAUGUUGAUUGGUGUGAAGUCAAUCCAUGUGAGAAUGGCGCCACAUGUUCCCAAAAGGGUCCUCAGUACACCUGCACCUGUUCCCCUGGCUGGUCCGGCAAGCUCUGCGACGUCGAGAUGGUGUCCUGUAAAGACGCUGCUAUCAGGAAAGGUAUGGAUUUCAGAGGAGUAAAACUAAAGCAGCUUUGCAACAACGGCUCAUGUGAAGACAUCGGCAACUCGCAUCGCUGUCACUGUCUCGAAGGCUACACUGGGUCUUACUGUCAGAAGGAAAUCAACGAAUGUGAAUCAGCACCGUGUCAGAAUGGAGCCGUCUGCAAGGAUCUAGUAGGAACAUACCAGUGUCAAUGUGCUAAAGGAUUCCAAGGCCAGAACUGCGAACUGAACGUAAACGACUGUCUCCCCAACCCUUGCCAAAACGGAGGAACAUGCCACGAUCUCAUCAAUAAUUUCUCCUGCUCCUGUCCCUUCGGUACUCUUGGAAAGAUCUGCGAGAUCAACGUCAAUGACUGCAAGCAAGACGCCUGUCAUAACAACGGUACUUGUAUCGACAAAGUUGGAGGCUUUGAGUGCAAGUGUCCACCAGGUUUCGUUGGUCCAAGAUGCGAAGGAGACAUCAACGAAUGUCUAUCCAACCCAUGUUCAGUACCUGGUACUCAAGACUGCGUCCAACUUGUCAACGAUUACCAUUGUAACUGCAAACCAGGGUACAUGGGAAGACACUGCGAUGCCAAAGUCAAUUUCUGCGCAAACUCCCCCUGUCAGAAUGGAGGUAUUUGCACCGCUAUACAAGGAGGACACGAAUGCCUCUGUAACGAUGGCUUCUAUGGUAAGAACUGCGAAUAUUCUGGCUACGCUUGCGAUUCCAAUCCAUGUCAGAAUGGAGGAUACUGUAGGACAUCUGAGAUCGGUGGCUACGUCUGCGAUUGCCCAUCAGGAUUAUCAGGCGUAAAUUGUGAAAUUGAUUCAAUGAACGAGUGUCUCAGUAAUCCUUGUAAACAUCCAGAAGCAAGAUGUAUAGACAAACCUGGGGACUACCUUUGUUACUGCCCACCGCAAUGGACUGGCAAGAGCUGUGAUAUCCAUGAUCCUCACUCCAGAGGAGGCUACGGUAUUCCAGUCAGCGGAGGAUUCAGUCCUAAGAAACCAGGCAUCACCUUUGAAGAAAUGGAUUUGGCUUAUCAGAAGGAACAGUGUGUGAAGAAGGGCUGCAAAGAAAAGCAAGGCGACCACCACUGUGACGAGGAAUGUAAUACGUACGCGUGCGAGUUUGAUGGUAACGACUGCUCUUUAGGAGUGAACAAUCCUUGGGCAAACUGCACGGCGCCAAUCAAAUGUUGGGAAGUCUUCAUGGAUGGCGAGUGCAACGAAGUGUGCAAUACACAAGCUUGUUUGUUCGACGGCAGAGAUUGUCAGAAGUCCUUACAACGUUGUAAUCCGAUCUACGAUGCGUACUGCCAGAAACAUUAUGCUAACGGCCACUGUGACUAUGGUUGCAACAACGCUGAAUGUAACUGGGACGGACUCGACUGUGAGAACGAACCUCCUCACUUGGCCGAAGGUGUGAUGUCAGUCACUUUACUCAUGGACAUGAAGACCUUCAAAGAAAACUCCGUCGCCUUCCUCCGAGAUUUAGGUCAUCAGUUACGAACUACUGUCUUGAUAAAGAAAGAUCAUUUAGGAAACGACAUGGUCUAUCCAUGGAAGGGAUCUACCGACGUUGGAUUACAGGAUACGGAGUUUGGAAAGAAACACAACAUCGUUUUUACAGAGAGGGGGCAAUCUGGAGUGCAGGUGUACCUAGAAAUUGAUAACAGAAAGUGCACGUCUAUGCUGAGCUCUGAAUGCUUCUUCUCCGCGAGAGAAGCUGCAGAGUUCUUAGCGGCUACUGCUUCUAAACACUCCUUAUCUCCAAACUUCCCAAUUUUCCAAGUGAAGGGUGUCAACACACCUGAUGAUCCUAACGGCGUACCAACCAACUCAAAAUACGUGUUCAUCGGAGUAAUCCUGGUGCUUCUUGCUGGUUUACUUAUUGGUGUACUAGUAACAGCUCAGAGAAAGCGAGCAGCUGGUAUAACAUGGUUCCCUGAAGGUUUUAUCCGGAACAACUCGUCGACGAGACGUCGAUCACGCAGACGUGGUCCUGAUGGACAGGAGAUGAGGAAUUUGAACAAAGGAUCUAUUGGUUGCAUCGAUGUGGACAUCAAUGGAGGUCAUAUGGGACCUCCUCAUCAUUGGUCGGAUGAAGAUGAUGAUGGGUCAGCGCCUCCAAGAGCGAAGAGAGCACGUGGGCCUGGAGAUUCUAAUGGAGCUCCAGGCGGCUAUGCUUCAGAUCAUACUGCGAUUACGGAUUAUGAGGAGGCUGGUCAUGAUGGCAGAGUUUGGACGCAACAGCAUUUAGAUGCAGCUGACAUCAGAGUACCUCCGAGUAUGAUGACGCCACCGGCUAUCCAUGAUGGUCACGUAGAAGUGGAUGCUCGUGGUCCACUUGGUAUGACUCCACUUAUGGUGGCUGCCGUACGUGGUGGUGGUCUCGAUACAGGAUCAGACGCUGAAGACGAACAGACUGCUCAUAUUAUAUCAGAGCUGGUGGCUCAAGGCGCUCAGCUGAACGCUGCCAUGGAUAAGACUGGAGAGACCAGCUUGCAUUUAGCUGCUAGGUAUGCUCGAGCGGACGCAGCGAAGCGUCUCCUGGAUGCUGGAGCUGACGCCAAUUCCCAGGACAACACUGGUCGUACUCCACUACACGCGGCAGUGGCUGCUGAUGCCAUGGGAGUCUUCCAGAUCCUCCUCAGGAACAGAGCCACAAACCUGAACGCGAGGAUGCAUGAUGGAACCACACCACUUAUUUUGGCUGCUAGGCUAGCCAUAGAAGGAAUGGUGGAGGACUUAAUAAAUGCGGACGCGGAUAUAAACGCGGCAGACAACAGUGGCAAGACCGCGCUGCACUGGGCCGCCGCCGUCAACAACAUCGAUGCAGUCAAUGUACUGCUCACUCAUGGAGCUAACAGAGACGCGCAGGAUGAUAAAGACGAGACGCCCCUCUUCCUAGGAGCUCGCGAGGGUUCAUACGGGGCGUGUCGAGCACUCCUCGACGCGAUGGCUAACAGAGAGAUCACGGACCAUAUGGACCGGCUGCCCAGGGAUGUGGCCCAGGAGAGGAUGCAUGAUGACAUCGUCAGGCUACUGGACGAACACUGUCCCAGGCCACCGCCACAACAUCAUCAUCUUAUGCCUUCUCCAAACCCGCACCCGCAGCUGAUCAGUCAGCCGACUGUCAUCAGCACGGCCUCAAAAGGGAAGCCGAAGAAGUCGCGAGCGAAAGCCGGCCCCGACAGCCCCGACCAGGCAUACGACAACAAUAACUUGCAGACUACGCAAAUUAGACGGAAACCUAGUGUAAAAAAGAACAAUAAGAAGGUGGCCCAGGAGGUGCCACAGAGCGUGGAGAGCCUGGGCUCCAGUCUCAGUCCUGUUGAAUCACCGCUCCAAAAUUUACAGGACUUGCCGUCGCCGUACGACGCAACGUCGCUGUACUCGAACGCGAUGGCGCAGUUCGUAGGCAUCGAGCAGCUAGUGCAGCACAAACAGCCGCCAAGCUAUGAGGACUGCGUCAAGUGCUUCGUCCCGCAGCCGGGUCAGACGCUGCAACAGUCGUACGGCGGCGGCGCGCUGGGCGCGUCACUGUCGCCGCCCUACUCCAACCACUCGCCCACGCAUAGCAACCACACCACGUCGCCACACGCUUAUAUAGGAUCUCCGUCGCCCGGCAAGUCCCGGCCGUCUCUACCGACCUCACCCGCGCACAUGGCAGCACUGCGCCACUCACACCAACACCAACUCGACGCCGCGGCAUACUCUGCGCUUGCGCAUCUAAGUGCUAAUGGUCAGCAUAAUGCGCAGUUGCAAGCAGUAAUGACGCACGCGGCUGCGCUUGGACAAGUCCAGGGCGCGCAGCACCCAGCUCUCACGAAUAUGAUGUCAAGUCUAUACGGCGGCUGGGGCAUCGGUGACACAUUCCCGACGCCAUCGCCAGAGUCGCCCGACCAUUGGUCAACGCCAUCGCCGCAGACGCCGCUCACACAGUCCCCGCACUCUGAUUGGUCAGAUCGUGCCGCGUUAUCCCCCAACGACAUACAACAGACCAAUAAGGGGGCGACCGAAGCCAUCUAUAUAUAG